UUUGCUAUUUAAUCGCUUGAACUGGUUUGAUAUUCAGCACUUAUUCAACUGUUAUCGCAAUCGCUUAUAAGCGUUAUAUUAUUUAACUAUUAAUCUAUUAAAUCUUAAUAUCGUUUCAAAAUCAAAACGUUGUUUAGUUUCAUUUAUAUUUAAUGUAAGAAAAACUUGUAAGCUAUUUAAUAAAGUGAAAUACGACAGUGGUUGGAAUGGUUUUAAAAGUGACAGCUUCAACACAAGUAAAUCGACAACAGAGUAUAUGUGCUCCACGAAAGUCAUGUUCAAAUAUUGGAAAGUACUUAUCGCUAUUAGUAGUUGUAGUGCUGAUAGCUUCGAUUGUGGUAGGAACAAGUAAUCCCCAGGGAACAAAAACUACAACCGUUGUAUUUGUACAUCUCCUUAGUUUUGCCGCGCACUUUGGGGCACAAUGCUGGGUAACAUUUAUUGCAGGGUUUGCAAUGUUCUUCAGUUUGCCCAGAAUAAUGUUUGGUCAUCUACAAAGCAGGAUGUUUCCACUUUAUUUUGCUAUAACAUUGGUUUUGUCGUGUGUAACUUUAAUAACGUAUGUUAUAUUACACCCCUAUGCAACGAUGAAAACAUCAGAGACAAAACAGGUAAUCGUUUUAUUUGACACUCUUAAUGCACUAAAUAAUUUGAAGUGUAUAUCUUUAUCGGGCUUUGUGUUUGUGUGGCAUCAACUUUCAUCAACAGUUUUUUUUCUAGCACCAGAAAUUGUCGAUGCUAUGAUCAGUGUAUUUGAUAUCGAGAAAUCGUCGGGAGUAGCUUAUGUUAUUGGAUAUUGUGAUAAAACUGAAUUAAAGAAAGAUCCAGAAUAUUCAGAACAUUACAGGAGAUUUAGACUUAAUCACAGUAUAUCUGGUGUCGCUAACGUAAUAACUUUGAUGUGUAACAUUUUCUACGUGUAUCAAUUAGCGAUCAACAACGAGAAUGUCAGUUUUUAUAACCUCAACAUUGUGUAGUUAUUAUUCAAUUUUUUACUCAGUAUUAUUUGCAAAUAAUCAGCAUUGUUGUCGGUAAAACGGUAAAAUAUAACGUGAUAGUUAAUUAUUACGACAAUAUUUUUUACCAAAUUGAUAUAAACCAUUUAUCUCUCCUCUUUGUGUCUUGUUUGUUUUGUUGUGAUGAUUUCGUAAAUAUUUCAUUCAAUUUAACCUGUCGGCUUGUGUCAGUACUAUGUUGGUAUUUUAAAUAACGUUUACAUACAUGAUGUGUGAACUUUCCUCAUAUAUGACACAUUUCCUAAAAAUACAAUUUAAAUCAUAACCUGUAUCAUACAUUAUCUAUUUUAACUGGACAAUUUGAGUUUACAAAUAAUUCAAAAUCUAUUUUACUUUAUAUAGUAAAAUUGAGCUUGAUAUCAAACAUUUAAGAUUUUGUUGUCCAUGGUGAUGUUAAAAGCCUGUAAACGGACUAAAAUCAUUUUGUUUUAUA